AUGGAAAACAGUGUCUGCGCAUCCUUCUUCCAGCCCCAGCACCCCAGCCAGUCAAGCAGCAGUGACUACAGCAUCCAGGAGGACAUGCUGUGUGCUGGGGACCUCAUAACGGGAAAGGCCAUUUGCCAAGGAGACUCCGGGGGUCCCCUCGUCUGCCCGUUAAAUGGCACCUGGUUCCUGAUGGGGCUGUCCAGCUGGAGCAUGGACUGCCGCCCGCCUGUCGGCCCCAGCGUCUUCACCAGGCUCUCCUACUUCACCAACUGGAUCAGCCAGAAGAAGAGGGAGAACCCCCCACCUGAUCCUGCCUUGGCUCCUCCUCAGGAAGCGCCCCCAGGCCUAGACAGCAUGACCUCUCAGGCUCCCGUUCACGAGCCCUGGCUCUGUGCAGCCCUGCUGGCUGCUCACACCCUCCUCCUGCUGCUGAUUCUCCUGGGGAGCCUGUGAAGGGCUGGGGCCCCUGGCCUCUUAACGCAAGCAUGCCCACCUCAGGCCGGCCUCCUUGCUGAGCUCUGCAUGCUCCUGACGUGUUUCCAUCUCUGGGCUCUCCUGUCCACCCAAGGCCACCCCUGCCCCAGACCUGACAAAAUAAAAACCACCCAAGAAGCUACUUGCUCUGGUUUCUGGCCCAUCAGCGUCCUCUCCCAUGCUCCACUGUGCCUCCAGCUCCUCAGGGAGGGAAGGUCUCCCUUCUCCCUGGGCUGGGACCAGGCUGACCAUUUGGGAGGCAAGUCACUCUCCUUGGGGAGUUGGGUCGUGCAGACUCAGGCACCAUUCCUGCCAUCAAGGGUGUGCAGUCUUCCAGAAAAAUGAGGCCAGGGCCUCCCAGCAUGGAAGAAGCCACCUGUCCCCCUGAAAGGGGGUGCAGGGCACCAGUCAGGACUGAAGCUGCUUCUUCCAGGCA